CGUAUAGAAUAGGACUACCGAUCAUCGAUCGAGUCGUAGAAAAUCAAUUGAAUCGAAGAUGAUAUCGCCCAUCGCCAUUUCUAUGUAGCCGGAGCUUCCGCCGCUCCUCUCCUCUCAAGCCUCAUCAACUGAGCUCCGAGGCCAAAAGAUGGAUCAAGAUGCCGCGGUUAACAUUCAUGAGGAUGUGUGGAAGACAGGGCAACAAUCUUGGAAUUCCACGGUUACGAGCUGGUCACACAAUGCAAAAGAGUUGUGGAAGAACCCAAGGGUAACAAUGAUCUGGAUCGAGGUACUUGUAUCGUUGGUUGCUGGCAUCCUACUCUUCCUCGCGGUCUCUGGGUCCCAUCGUCGCCGGUGCAGAAACUGGUUUUUCCAGAAAGGUGUCUUAGGCGCGUACGCCUUGUCCUUCUCACUGGCAGCGUAUACACUCGGUUCCAUGCAAUCUUCUGAGUUGAAGAGCAGCAUAUACCCUAUUUGGGGUAUAUCUCUCUUCAUGCUUCAUGCUUGUACCGACUCUAUCACAGCUUACAGUCUCGACGACAACAAACAAGUAACAAGACUCAAAUACCAAGCUGCCAUGUACAAUUUAUACGUGCUGUUGCUUUUCGCCACAGUGCAGAAGGACUACAUCCCAUCAAUUGCUUUUAUUUCCAUAAUUGCUUUGAUCAGGUAUUUGCAGAGAGGUACAACAAUUAUGCUAGCAAGCCGCUCAUGGAAAUUGAACAAAAUGGUUGCUGAUUACAUGUAUGAUGAUGAAAAGCACAAUAAGGAUGUAUUUGACCCAACCACCAUGGAACGUUGCAAUUACCUGGUUGACUGGCCCAUUAGCAAAUCCAAGUUUGUCGAUGCUCAAACAUUAUAUUCAGGAGAAUUAAUAGUGGAAGAUCCAGAAGUUGAAAUCAUUGACAUUGGGAAGGUAUGGCGGUGCAAGUCACUAGGCCCGGAGCUGAAGGAUGCAUGCCUUUCCUUCUCUCUUUUCCAUCUGUUGAGAAGGCGCUUCUUUGGAUUUGCUUGUGACGAAUCCAAAGACAGGGUACAUAAUUUUUUCUUUGAAUGACUUCUAUCAGAGAACAAAUUAGAGGGUUCCACAGACUACAACAGGGUGUUCAAGGUGAUUGAGGUUGAGUUAGCAUUUAUGUAUGACUUCUUCUUCACCAAGUAUGCUGCCAUUUAUUAUGGGUCAACGACUGCAACAUUUUGGUCCUUCAUUUCAGUCAUCGGCAUAUCUAUCAUGGCAUACUUUACUGCCAGGGCUCCGUUGAAGAUUACUCAGGGCAAUCGGCAUAUCACAAGUACUGUUACUGAUGAUGUUGGUAUCACCUUAGUGAUACUUGGAUCCAGCGCUUUUCUUGAAUUCCUGCAGAUGUUAUUUUACUGGAUGGGAAUUUGGGGAAGAGUAUCCUUUGUUUGUAAGUAUAUCAGAGAACAAGCAAGAUUGAAGGGAACAACCUCACAAAGAUUUCUUGCCAAGAUUGGUGUGUGUCUUACAUCUUCCAUCAUGGUAUUAAAGGAGUUUCUUGCCAAUAUUGGUGUGUCGUAUGCUUCAAACAGACACUAUUGGCAACACAAGAUUGGGCAUUACUCAUUACUUGAUUCAGUCAGCUGCAAUCCUAGUCUAUCAAUCCUUGCAAUCUUACGCCACGAUCGCCUGAUGCCGAUAGUGGGGAGAAUGAUAUAUCUUCGAGACAAUGCGUUUUACCAUCCAAUAAAUAAUCAGGCAUUGAAGGUCCGAAGGUGUUGGUAGGACUUACUUGUAAUUGUGGGACUGUAGAGGGUGAAAACUGUAAAAGCACCUGUAUAUACAUCUUGCAUCUGGGAAUGAAUCAGACAGAGUUCUCCAGAGAAAUCUUCUCCUCCUCUCUCUCUCGUGACCUUCCUCUCACCCGAGCCUCACCCAGGAUCUGCAACAUGGCAUCAGAGCAGGUCAGGGAUUCACUCCAGAAUCGCUCAGAUUGACGGCACUGAGUGUUGGGAGGUAAAGGCAGAGGUUCUGGGGCCCGAUUUGGUGCGGCAGAGAGUCAAAUCGGGGCUGCCUGAUUGUGUGCUUGGCUGCGGUGGAGAAGGGGACCGGCUGCUGCUGUAGUGGAGCAAGGGGCCGGCGGCGGCUGCAGUGGACCAGGGGAGCCAGCUGCGAGCAAGGCAAAUAGCCAAGGGACUGGAGACAGAGGUGAGUGGUACCCAGGAGGUGUAGUACAGCCGUUGUUGAGGGGUUGAGUAGGAUUUAUUCAGGUGAAGGUGAGAGCGGUGAGUUGGUUCUUGGGUGCAAGGUUGAGGUGCAGCUAGAAGGUAGGCUGCAGGGAUUCAUAGGGGAGAUUACUCGCUUUGAGGUGGUGAUUGAGGGUUGUACAGUACUGCAGUGUGACCCUGAAGAACUUGCAAGAUGGGAGAAAAUGUAAAUGCUCCUGUGGCAGUUACAGCCGGGGAACUUGCAGCUGUGCUUCAGUCUAUGGAUGAGAAAUACAGAGCACUCUUUGAUGCAAUCAGCAAGCAGGCUGGAAACUCAAGACCAGAGACUGAAGCCAAGGAAGAGAUUCACCCGUUGCAAAUGCCACAUGUGAAGCUAGAGGGUGCGGAAAAUUAUUCCAGUUGGGCAGAGCAUGCCGAGACCAUCCUGAUCUCGAGGAACCUUGAGGGGUAUAUACUGGGAACAGUGGAGAAGCCUAUCGAGGAAAAUUCGAAAGAGGCCCAGAAGUGGAAAGCAACAAAUGCAUUGGUGAGAGCUUGGCUUUUAAGCUCAAUAUCAUCUCAGAUUGCAAAGCAAGUUGAAAGUAUCAAGGAGGCCUCAGAAAUUUGGAGGCUCCUGAAGGGGACAUAUUCAGGUGUAGGGAAUGAGAUGUUGGCAUGUAGGAUUCAAAAGGAACUACAGGAGCUAGGCCAGGGUGAGAAGACUGUUGUGGAAUAUGUGUCAGAACUGAAAAGGUUGUGGAGUGAUCUUGAUUACUAUGAUCCAGUUGAGAUGGAAUGUGGGAAAUGUGUUGAGAAACAUAGUAAAUGGACUGAAAGAAGGCGUGUUAGGGACUUCUUAAAUGGUCUUCAUCC